CGCAGAUCGCGCGGCCGCGAUGCGACAGCCAACGAACAAUUUAAAUUUAAAAAACGAACACGAAUCGCCAUUUUCAAAUUAAAUUCGAUUUUCAAACAUUCUUCUAACGUUUUCCGUUAAAAUCGAACGUGCGUUCAAAAUUUGAAAUGUAAUGUGAAUUUGCUUUGUUUUCUUUUUUGUUUUUUUUUUUCGUAAAGUGGAAUGUGGUAGUGUCCAUGUACAAAAGAGCGAGUGUAGUGUGAUAUUUUUUUAUUGUUUUUUUUUAAUGAGGUGUCAACCUCGAAGUUGUGUGGGAUACAAGUGUUUUAAAAAGAGUGAAUCAUGUGGCGAUUACUGCUGACGACAGUUCUGUUAGCGACCGCGCGGUCUAAACAGCUACCUUCAUCCACUGAAAUAGCAACGACAACGGUGGGAACAGCCACGGAGGCUGACACCACAGCCUGGCCCAGUUCCGUUGCUCCGCUCGACACCCUCACCGUGGCGUGCGAGAAGGAUAGCAUGCAUGUCACCGUCUCACUCGCCACACAUGGGGAAAACAGUGUAUACGACACGUUCAACGGCAUCGUCUACCCAGCGGGCCUGGGCAGCAACUCCUCGUGUCUGCGGGAGUAUGUGUCGGAACGAGGCGACCUGCAGUACACGCUGCCACUCAGAGGGUGCAACACUAUGUCUAAUGAUAAUAACCCUAGAGCGCCUGUGCUAAGGCAUCUCAUGCGGCUUCAUUGUCCGCAUGAAGUGCCUCAUAAGUACAUGACGCAUUAA